AGAGUUGGUCUAUGUUUUUAAAGCCCCUGGUGUCCACUUAGUAGUUCAUGAGGGAGUUGAUCCAAGGUUCCAAUCCUCCGUCAUCGUUCGUUCAAGACCCGUCCCACCUCGCCCAUUCGCUCGCCAUUCGACCCGUGUCACCCGUGAGCCGGAUUGAUGUCGGGCAAAAAGUCCAAGAAACCCCCGCCGUUGCCGCUGAUUUUUCCCACGGACGAACCGCUCAAGUUACCCGAAGAACCGGAUUCGGCCAAUUUGAAUUGCACGUCGGUGCCGGAUGUGGCGUUACAAUUGGCAGAUGUGGCCAUUUCCGAUGUGGAUGAUGAACAACGCAAACGUCUGGAGUAUUUCAUCAAUCAGAAGAAGCAAUUGGGCGAGCUCAGAGGCGACGAGGACUUUGAAAAAAUCAAGGAACUUGGCGCCGGGAAUGGCGGCGUGGUGCAUUGUGUGCGACAUAAGCCUUCAGGCACGAUCAUGGCCAAGAAGAUGAUUCAUCUAGAAGUCAAGCCCGCUGUCAAGAAGCAGAUUGUAACGGAGCUCAAAAUUCUUCACGAGUGCAAUUCCCCUUACAUCGUGGGCUUCUACGGAGCGUACCAUAGUGACGGCGAGAUCAAUAUAUGCAUGGAAUAUAUGGACGGUGGCUCGUUAGAUCUAGUGCUGAAGAAGAAGACCCGCAUCCCGGAGAAGUUCUCGCGCAAGAUCACGUACGCGGUGCUUCGCGGACUGAGCUACUUGCGCGAGAACCACCGCAUCAUUCAUCGCGAUGUCAAGCCCAGCAAUAUUCUGGUGAACAGUCAGGGCGAAAUUAAAAUCUGCGACUUUGGCGUGUCCGGCCAACUCAUCGAUUCCAUGGCCAAUUCGUUCGUAGGCACUCGCAGCUACAUGUCCCCCGAACGAUUACAAGGCUCGCAAUACUCUGUGGCUAGUGACCUCUGGUCUCUUGGGUUGUCCUUAUUGGAGAUCAGUCUGGGGAUGUAUCCCAUUCCACCUCCGGAUGCGCACACCUUGGUCAGAAUAUUUGGUCCUGAUGUGGCCGAUGAUCCCAGCGUGUUGACUAAUCCCCGCACGCCAAGAACCCCGAGGUCACCCAAUGUCUUAGGAGGAGCGGCCAACACUGGUGUUUUCAUUUCAGCCAAGCCCAUGGCCAUUUUUGAGCUCUUGGAAUACAUAGUGAAUCAACCCCCGCCGAAACUUCCCUCGCGCGUGUUUUCCGAGGAGAUGCGUGAUUUUGUGGAUCGAUGCUUGAAAAAGAACUUCAAAGAGAGACCGGACCUGUCAACACUCAUGGCCCAUCCGUGGAUGAAAGAUGUCGAGUCCGACAAUGUCAACAUUUCUGAAUGGGUCAAGGGCAUAGGAGAGAUCUCCAGUCCUCAAUAGUUUUGAGACUAGAACAGUCUAUUGUACCGGGCGUCCGAUAUUAUCGACUACACCUUUUGUCAACCGUCUGUUUCAUGAAAAAGAGCGCAAAGUUUAAAAUUUGUGACCGAUUCACGUCACACACUAUUACAAAAUUGUAGCCAGUAAUAUCGGACCGUACUUUAGUGAACAAGAGUGACUUCAAGUUAGUGUGAACAUUCAUCGGAGAAAGCCCUGAUUCUCCCCAACCUCCCUGAUAAGUGCCCUCACUCUGAUUCACAGCCAUCCCUUUCAUUGACCCACCCAGUGAUGAAUAAAGAAUGCAUUUCUGGUUCCUGACGCCAAAAACUCCACCCACCCCAAUCAAUCUUCCAAUGCCACAGAGUGUAAACGUGACCGAAAUGAGGUGAAGAUGCGCUCUAGUCUCACGCCGAGUUAUGAACCGGUCGCUUUCGUUCUCAAAGCACGAUUGCCACUUUCCUACGCCCUUCAACAACAUAGUGAUUUCAGUCACAUUGGGGGAAGGUCUUGUCAAGAACGAGAAGAUCGAAUACAAUUUGGACCACGAGUUUGAAGAAGAUUAAUCCGUGUUGCGUUGGCCUUUCCGAUCCACGAGAUACAAACAAAUCCUCAAAAUUCCCAGACCUAACUAAAUUAUUGUUGAUCACGAUUACUUUAACCACCAUCAUCCAAACCGCUAAACGUUUGUCCACUUAGCCAAAUAUCGAUGUGAACAUUGCUUACAACACCCAUUGCCGUUGUCAACCACCAUAAUGAACUCUGAAAUCUGCGCAAGUUUUACCUCUCGGACAUUGAAAUCAAAUCUUAGAAAAUGAG